UUUGGUCUCUCGGUGCUCUUCUUCAUCAUCAUCAUUAUAUUCCUUCUUUCUUUAAACAACUCCAAAUAGAGAAGAAAAGAAUAUUAGUUUUGACUUUUGCGAAACUAGAGUGGUGUGAGAUAUGACGGUGGAGCUAAUCAUGAGCAGCAGCAGCUACGGUGGCGGUAAAGUCAAACGAGAAGAAGACGGUGGCUUUCCUGCGGAAAAGGGAGACACCGCCUUGAAAGAAGCUGCUUCUGCUGGGAUUCACGGCGUUCAAGAGUUUCUUAAACUGAUCGGUCAAAGUCAACCAACUGAGGAGAAACAAACAGAGAUAACGGCGGUGACUGACGUCGCCGUUAACAGUUUCAAGAAGGUGAUUUCUCUUCUCGGUAGAUCUAGAACCGGACACGCAAGGUUCAGACGAGGUCCCGUGACGACGACGAAACCAGAAGAAGUAGUUGUGAAGACGGAGGAGAAGCCAAGAACAACAACAACAACAACAACAACCACCGUCGUGUUGAACAGAGAGAAAACAGAGAAGCACGGUGGAUCUGCGUUUAGAGUUUACUGUCCGACUCCGAUUCAUCGCCGUCCUCCUCUGUCACAUGCCCACCACACUCAGACAAAGUACGGUUCGUCUUCUUCGGCUCCGUUACUCCCUAACGGAAAACCACAUCAAGAACCACCUUCUUCAACUAUACACUUCGCGCCGUCCCCACCGGUCUCUGCGGCGAACUCGUUCAUGUCUUCUCAUAGAUGUGAAACCGAGAGUAACCAGAUGUCGUCAGGGUUCGAGUUCACUAACCCAUCGUCUCAGUUCUCGGGUUCGAGGGGCAAGCCUCCGUUAUCAUCUGCUUCGUUGAAGAGAAAGUGUAGUUCAACCCCCUCAGGGCGUUGCCAUUGUACCAAGAAAAGGAAAUCUAAAGUGAAAAGAGUGAUUAGAGUUCCUGCAGUAAGCAGCAAGAUGGCUGAUAUUCCAUCAGAUGAGUUUUCAUGGAGAAAAUAUGGUCAAAAACCCAUCAAAGGCUCUCCUCACCCUCGGGGCUAUUACAAGUGCAGCAGCAUGAGAGGUUGUCCGGCGCGUAAGCACGUGGAGCGUGCACCCGAUGACGCGAUGAUGCUUAUCGUGACGUACGAAGGAGACCACAACCAUGCAAUGGUGCUCCAGACGCCUCAUGAAAAAACUCUUUAAACUCGGUCGUUGCCGGCGUGGAAUCUGAACCGUUAGAUCUGAGUUUGAAGUGAACCCAACUGUUGUUGUGUCUGUCUGUGCACAAUCUAGAUUAGUCAACGACAGAGUGGGCCCUAAACUG